UUUUUCCCGAUUUAUUCAAAUUAACAAAUUUUACAUUUAUUUCCUGUAAAUUAACUUUUAAAUGAUUAAAUCACCUCCAGGGAUAGAGAGGAGGAGGGAGAGAUCAGAAGCGUUGGACAGGGCCGGUGCAGUGUUUGAGGAUUUGUACAAGAAAUAUUUAACUGUGGACAAUGAAAACCUGCAGAAACGCGCGGAAACUUACCUCCUCAAGUCAUUCUACGACAAACAAACCUUCAAAAAUUUGAAUUCACAGAUCCCAGGCCUUAGUAUAGCCGAUCCACAGCUAAAUUUAGCCCAGGAAAAUGGCCCUCAGGAGCUAAAUUUAGCACAGGAAAAUGGUCCUCAGGAGCUAAAUUUAGCACAGGAAAAUGGUCCUGAGGAGCUAAAUUUACCUUCAGAAUCACAAUCCGCAGGACACGAAACUGUGAAAUCUGACACCGUGACGAAAGACUAUGUGAAACAAGUGUCGUUUGAGACCGAUCACAUGAAAACGGGCGCCAAAUUAGUCUCCAAAACACCCCCAAAAAUACCAAACACCGCUAAAUCUAAUACCAUUUCUAAACCUAAUCCCACCUCUAAACCUAGUCCCCGGGCUAAAUCUCCUAACCCCCGGUCUAAAGAGAGCAUUUGGGGCGACGAAAGUCCAAACAGGAUCCUCAAAACCCCUCAAAACUCCAACACUAAACCUAGCACCAAACUCUUGAGCGGCAGACUUAAGUCUAGGCAGUUGAAAUUGGAAACUAACCCUAGGGUGCAGGAUAAAACUGUGUCAAAAGAUGACACGCGGAUAUUUGUGGAUAAUGUGACGGAGAGUGACAUCAGUGAGGAGAGUCUCACGCUGGAAAACACUGGCCACUUAGUUACGCUUAAGGAAUACGACCACUCGCCCUGUUUCGACAAGGUUGAAGAGUUCUUAACGGGGUCACCAAAUCACGUUACGGAGCUUAACUCUGCAGAUUUUAACGCCGGGGAACUCCACGGAGAUGACAGACGAGCAAUUUUACUGCGUAACAAGGAGUUAAAUUUCAUUUGCGGACUGUCUGUGCUAUUUCAAAUUUUCAUGUGUUUCAACGUUUUUGGGCUCUUUUUUCUCUUACACUCGUUUCAAUUCCAGUUUCACUCGCUAUUUUCCUCCAUUUGCCUUCCAUUUUUAUUACACUUUUCAAUGUUUUAUUUGGUGUUUACCAUUGGCGUUUCAAGGGUUAAGAAGUCACUCCUCACCUACACAAGUGACAUUACAGUUGAAAUUCUCAGUAAACGACUCAAUCGUCAGAUGCAUUACAGCAGGCUGAGUAAGUUUACAGUGGGCGCUGAGCGCAUUUUUGUACUGCUGGCACUUGUGAUUGCCUGUAUUCCCGUGAAGUUUAGCCAAGAUUUAACACAAAUGCAAGUUAAGGAAUCGGUUUACAUCGCUUUUAACGUUGUGUACGCCCUACUCCAAAUCGCCUUCUGCUUCUACUACUUCAAAGUUCUCUUCAAAAAACUCUUAACUCUACACUAAUCUUUGAUUUUCCUGAGGUUACAGAAGUUUUCAGUUUUAAGGAAUUAACUUUAAGUAUGAAGGAGAUGGUACUGAGGACAGGAGUAAGCAAAAUGCUAAACUUGCUAAAUUUCACCAAAUUCACAGGAAACCACACCGUAAACCCCGUUCACAGUGUAAACAGUGUAAACAGUGUA